UCUCUCUCUCUCUCUCUCUCCAUUUCUCUCUCAAUCAUUCUCUGCUCUUUUUACUCCUCUCGUCCAAUCAUCACCUUCUCUCCAAUUAGAGAGAGAAAGCUUGUAGUCAGAGCAGUGAUAAGGAAGUGCACACAACAAAUUCUCUCCCUUCACGUCUCUUCUGUCCUUCCUCUUCUGCUUCUGCUUCUGGUUCUUCUCCCUCUAUGCGUGAUCGUGAAGGGCCUAAUUGGUGGUGGUUUGCUUAAUCGCUGCUUGAUUUCCUUGACCUCAUUCAGUAGAAAGGUGAUGCAAUGAAGCAGUCAUCAAAUACCUUUUCUGCGGCUCUUGCGAAGAAUUCUCCAGUGAAUAUAGCUAAGGAAGUGGGGAACAGUGCAUUGGAAAUUUUAUCUGGAUCUGGCAUCUACCAUGCUCCAAGUGACACUUCCCUUUUUUCUAGCUCAUUACCAGUUCUUUCCCAUGAAAAAUUGAAUUUGAAUGAUACAGAAUGUAGUCACCAAUCUGUUGAUGAUGCCUCAUCUGGUUUGGAUAAACUUCAACAAGAUGUGGAUGUGGAGGGCAGUGAUUUACUUGAAGACUAUGAAACUCAUGCAAUUGGAAGUUUGCUUCCUGAUGAUGAGGAUGAGUUAUUAGCUGGCAUAAUGGAAGAUUUUGACCUAAGUAGGCUUCCUGGUUCACUGGAGGACUUGGAAGAUUAUGAUCUUUUUGGCAGUGGAGGAGGUAUGGAACUUGAAAGUGAUCCACAAGAGACCUUGAGCAUGGGCAUGUCAAAGGUAAAUAUAUCUGAUGGCGUCAUUGGGAAUGGGAUGCCUCAUUACGGUCUUUCAAAUGGUGUGGGAACAGUUGCUGGGGAACAUCCGUAUGGCGAACAUCCUUCAAGAACAUUGUUUGUUCGAAAUAUUAAUAGCAAUGUUGAAGACAUAGAACUAAGAACUCUCUUUGAGCAAUAUGGGGACAUUAGAACUCUCUACACUGCAUGUAAACACAGGGGUUUUGUGAUGAUAUCUUAUUAUGAUAUCCGUGCGGCUCGUACUGCUAUGCGUGCAUUGCAAAACAAGCCUCUACGACGGAGAAAACUUGAUAUUCACUUCUCAAUUCCAAAGGACAAUCCAUCAGACAAGGAUAUUAAUCAAGGAACUCUUGUUGUUUUCAAUCUGGAUCCAUCAGUCUCAAAUGAAGACCUCCGACAAAUAUUUGGGGCUUAUGGUGAGGUCAAAGAGAUAAGGGAAACACCACACAAGAGGCACCAUAAGUUUAUUGAGUUUUAUGAUGUUAGGGCUGCUGAAGCAGCUCUUAAGUCAUUGAAUAGAAGUGACAUAGCUGGUAAACGCAUAAAGCUUGAACCUAGCCGUCCUGGUGGAGCACGGAGAAACUUGAUGUUGCAACUGAAUCAAGAGCUUGAACAAGAUGAAUCACGAAGUUUCCGGCCUCCAGUGGGCUCACCAAUAACCAACUCUCCACCAGGUAGCUGGGCACAGUUUAGCAGUCCCAUCGAACAUAGUCCAAUGCAAAGUAUCAGCAAAUCCCCAGUUUUCAGGAAUUUGAGCCCAACAACUGGCAACCAUAUGCCUGGGCUGGCUUCAAUUCUUCAUUCUCAAGGAUCAAACUCUGUGAAAGUUGCACCUAUUGGCAAAGACCAAGGAAGGGGUGGUCUUGUGGAGCAUACAUUUACGAAUGUGAAUUCAGCCCAUGGAGCUACAUUCCAACAAUCACACUCAUUGCCGGAGUCAAAGUUGAAUCAGUACCAUGGAAGUAUGACACCUUUUGGUGGUCCUUCAUCAUCUAACGGAUCUGUUGUGGAAACAUUGUCAGGGCCACAGUUUCUUUGGGGAAGUCCGAAUCUGUACACAGAUCAUACCAGUUCAUCUGCUUGGACAUCACCAUCCUUGGGUCAUCCAUUUUCAUCCAAUGGGAAGGGACAUGGCUUUUCAUACAUGGGUCGGAAUGGUUCUUUCCUUGGAUCAUCCCAGAACCAUCAUCAUGUUGGUUCUGCUCCAUCUGGAGUUCCUUUGGAGAGGCACCUUGGAUUUUUCCCAGAGUCACCAGAAACUUCAUACAUGAGUCCUGUGGCAUUUGGAGGCAUGGGGUUAGGCCAUAAUAAUGGAAAUUUCAUGAUGAACAUGGGUGGUCGUGCUCCCAUGAGUGCUGGCGUUGCCAUUCCAAGAAACAUUUCAGAAAACGGUUCUUCAAGUUACAGAAUGAUGUCUUCACCUAGGUUAAAUCCUGUAUUUUUAGGUAAUGGCCCAUACCCUGGAUUGGCAGCCACCGUCAUGGAAGGUUUUACUGAGCGUGGGCGGACCCGACGGGUUGAGAAUAGUGGGAACCAAGUGGAUAGCAAGAAACAGUUUCAGCUUGACUUGGAUAAAAUUAUCAGUGGAGAAGAUAUUCGGACAACCUUAAUGAUAAAAAAUAUCCCAAACAAAUACACCUCGAAGAUGUUGCUAGCUGCCAUUGAUGAAAAUCACAAGGGCACUUAUGAUUUUCUGUAUCUACCAAUUGAUUUUAAGAAUAAGUGCAAUGUGGGUUAUGCAUUUAUCAACAUGUUGUCUCCUUCACACAUCAUUCCAUUUUAUGAGGCUUUUAAUGGUAAGAAGUGGGAGAAAUUUAACAGUGAGAAAGUUGCUUCUUUGGCAUAUGCUCGAAUUCAGGGAAAGGCAGCUCUUGUGACCCACUUCCAGAAUUCAAGCUUAAUGAAUGAAGAUAAGCGCUGCCGCCCAAUUCUGUUUCACUCAGAGGGGCAGGAAGCAGGUGAUCAGAUUGUUCUGGAGCAUUUGCCCUCCAGCAGUUUAAACAUCCAGUUUCAUCAGCCAGAUGGCUUACACUCUGGAGAUUCACCAGGAAGCCCUACAAUGGAUGGCUAUGGUGAGAAGUCAGAUAAAAGUUAACAUUGUGUCAGAAGGAGAUGGCCUUCAGCCAAAAAUUAUAGUGGCUGUGGGAGCUAACCCCUGCGUAAAUAAUCAAGUGUACAAAUUUAGGAUGAGAGGAUUAGGAAAGAAAAUGCUUUUGCAGAUUUCAUAGUAUUUAAUGAAAGCUUUUAAAGCAGCAGCGAGAGUAUUUUAUUGUCUUUGCUGAUCAGUGGUUUACUGUAGUUGGAGGAGAAUAAUGUGAGAUGAAUGGGCAGAAGUGAGAUAUCUCAGCUGUGAAGUGCAGUGGCCACUGGUUUGUGCUUGACUUCUCUUCAUUUUUGUUUUUGGGGUAUGGACUUCGUAACUUGUUCUGCAAAUAUGAUGAUGUAAAAUGGUGAAUAUGGCUGUUGGGGUUUUGAGAUUUUGGGAGUUGGUGAAACAUGGGGAUCUUUACAGAAUUGUAUAGGGGAUGAGUCGAGACUCUUUUCGAGUUGAGCUCAUGAAUUUAUGCUCAAAAUGCAAGCCAAUUUGUAUCUAAGAUACGCUGUGUUAGAACUUUAUUUUUUGAGCUUUCUCCUUUCUUUGUGAUUGA